GCCCUGUGGAGGUUUUGACAAAAAUGGAGUACUUGAGCAAAAAUUCUUCAUAAAGCUUGCGAACUGCAUUGUGGCUUCUCAACUGUGUUUCUGGUACGUACCCAUGGUGGGAUACGUUGUGCACUGAAACGAAUGUAUGUUAAUAAUGUGCCGGAUCUCAACGUAUGCAAGAGAGAAAUCACCAUAAUGGUGUGCAGCGGUACCUUAAGUUCUCAAGGCCUCCAUGUGCCACAGCUCUCUUAACUGAAUGAUGCUGCUGGUGGCUUCCAGAAGUAUUGUUGUCCUGAGCAGUCGUAAGCAUGUUCUCCAAGUUGCGGUCCAGUAUUGGGGUAACUGAGUUAUCUGGGCACAAGAAUAUUGUAAGCUAUUUGGAUUGUGCUGUUAACUCCAUAAGUGAUAAUGUUUGGGAGGUACUCAUUCUCAUGGAGUACUGUCGAGCUGGGCAAGUUGUGAAUCAGAUGAAUCAGCGUCUGCAGACAGGCUUUACUGAGUCAGAAGUAAUGAGAAUAUUUUGUGAUACCUGUGAAGCUGUUGCUCGGUUGCAUCAGUGCAAAACGCCUAUAGUUCACCGUGAUCUAAAGGUGGAGAAUAUAUUGUUAAAUGACAGCGGGAGCUAUGUUCUCUGUGAUUUUGGCAGUGCCACUAACAAAUACCUUAAUCCUCAAAAAGAUGGUGUUAACUUGGUUGAAGAAGAAAUUAAAAAGUAUACAACACUAUCGUACAGAGCUCCUGAAAUGAUCAAUCUUUAUGGCGGAAAACCAAUUACUACCAAGGCAGAUAUCUGGGCACUUGGCUGCUUGCUGUAUAAACUUUGUUUCUUCUCGCUUCCCUUUGGAGAAAGUCAAGUUGCUAUUUGCGAUGGAAGCUUUACCAUUCCAGACAAUUCCCGAUACUCUCAUAGUAUACACUGUUUGAUAAGAUAUAUGCUUGAACCAGAUCAAGAACAGAGACCCGAUAUCUUUCAAGUAUCUUUCUUUGCCUUUAAAUUUGCCAAAAAGGAUUGUCCAGUGUCUAACAUUAAUAAUUCUCCUGUCCCUUCAACUCUUCCUGAACCCAUGACAGCUAGUGAGGCAGCUGCUAGAAAAAGCCAAAUAAAAGCAAGUUUCUUCCAUGGGAAAACUUGCCGUUUCAGAAUAACAGAUACUGUUGGACCAACAGAAACCUCAAUUGCACCGCGACAAAGACCAAAGGCCAAUUCAAGCACUGCCACUUCUAGUGUGCUGACGAUCCAGAGCUCAGUAACUCCGGUCAAAGUACAAGUUCCUGGUGAAUUUGGUAAUCGUGGGCAAAAAGGAACCGUGCGACCAGGGAACGGACAAGAAAUCUUACAGUCCCAAGGGACCAACCAGCACCCCCCGCAGCAGAACAGAGUUCUCCAGCAGCUGCAGCAGGGCGACUGGAGGCUACAGCAGCUACACCAUUUACAUCACCAGCAGCAGCAACCUACAAUACAGGAUGCUUACAUUCAGCAGUAUCAACAGGCAAUGCACCAGCAGAUGGUCCAACAGCAGCUGUUGAUGCAGUCUGUGUACCAGCAGCAACCUUCCCAAUCUCAGUAUCCUGCUAUGGUGCAGCAAUAUCAGCAGGCUCUCCUACAGCAGCAGAUGCUUGCUCAGCAGCAACAGCGGUCGCAACAGGCGCAGUCUCCUGAAUAUAUCACCUCUCCACAAGACUUCUCACCAGCCUUAAUCUCCUACCCUGGGUCGCUUCCAGUGCGUGCUGGAACAGUGGCAGAUUCUCCGUACCCUGCAAGCAGGUCAGGUAUUCCUGAUGCUGAAGCAAUUGCCAGUUACCCAAAGCAGAGCAUCAAUAACCCACCUGAUAUGUCAGGCUGGAACCCAUUUGGAGAGGACAAUUUUUCCAAGUUGACAGAGGAGGAGCUGCUGGACAGAGAAUUUGACCUGCUAAGAUCAAACAGGCUAGUGGACAGGAGAGCAUCUUCAGAUAACAAUGUGGAGCCACACUCUGCUCCACAGAAAAAUCCUCCUGAAGAUCCCUUUGGUUCUGUUCCUUUCAUUUCUCACCCAGGUUCCCCUGGGAAGCAAGUGGAUAACUCAGCCAGCAAUCAAGGAAAUACCUUAGGGACCCCGAACAAGGCUGGAAAACUGAGCCACGCUUUUAGAGAUUCCCGACCAGGGAGGAGAACUGCAGAGGGACAGGUGACAAAAGGUGGUGAUGAGUCAGAGAGUGAUUUUGAAUCUGAUCCUCCUUCUCCCAAGAGCAGCGAGGAAGAAGAAGAACAGGAGGAUGAAGAAGCCUUGCAAGGAGAGAAUGGAGACUUCAAUGAUGACAAUGAUACAGAACCGGAGAAUUUAGGCCACCGACCUCUCCUCAUGGACUCUGAGGAAGAGGUGGAGGAAGAGGAGGAGGAGAAGCCAAGUUCUGACUCUGAUUCUGAUCGUACCAAGCAAAAAUCUGUGGAAGGGCUCCUGAGCAGUAGGUUCAGAGAUGGUGUGGGCAGCAGUGAAAUCAAAGAACCCAGUUCAAUGCGUACAUCCUUGUCUGAGGUGCCAAGUACUGUAAUCAAGGUGAACCCUGGCCAAGAAUUUGAUGUGUUUGGGGCAGUGCCCUUUAUUACUCUGCAGCCUCAGGCAAGACAGAAGACGGAUAAAGAUGCCUCUUCUCAGACGGCUUUUCCAGGUCUGAACCAAGAGCAGGAUGACUUUGACGUUUUCACAAAAGCCCCCUUCAGCAAAAAGGUAUCUCAGCAAGAUGGCCAGGUGACGGGAACUGAGCCUCUGCUUUCCCCUACUUCUCUACGGAGCGUCGAUAUUUUUGGCUGCACACCAUUUCAGCCUUCCCUUCUUCCCAAGACUGGUGGGAGUAAGGAGGACCUGUUUGGGCUGGUUCCUUUUGAAGAGAUCACGGGGAGUCAGCAGCAGCAGAAGGUGAAGCAGCAGCGUAACCUGCAGAAACUCUCUUCCCGACAAAGGCGCAUGAAACAGGAGGUCUCGAAGAACAACGGAAAGCGUCACCACGGCACCCCAACCACCACGAAGAAGGCGUUGAAACCGAGCUACCGCACCCCUGAGAGAGCCCGCAGGCACAAGAAAGCAGGCCGCAGGGAUUCGCAGAGCAGCAACGAGUUCCUGACUAUCUCGGACUCCAAAGAGAACAUAAGCGUUGCGUUGACUGACAGCAAAGAUCGAACCAAUCCUCUGCAGACAGAUGACAGUCUGCUGGAUCCUUUCGGAGCCAAACCCUUCCACCCACCGGACUUGAUGCGGCAUCCCCAGCAUCAAGGGUUUGGUGACAACCGCGGGGAUCACAGCACGGUAGUAGUGGCUGGUAGACCUAGGCAGAACUCCUUGCACGGAGCCAUUCACGGUGGUGAUGGGCUGAAAACAGAUGACUUUGGUGCAGUACCCUUCACAGAACUGGUUGUGCAGAGCGCGCAAAGCCAACAACAACAGGCGCUAGAGUUAGAUCCCUUUGGAGCAGCUCCAUUUCCUUCCAAACAGUAAAUGCUUCCAACAGGUUACCCCCUCCACCUCUCUGAGUUAUUUAAUAGAGGUUUUAAUUAGUGGAGUAAUUUAUCUGGUUGAAUUGACAGGGACCUGGCUCCUACAGUUUGUUCAAGUUCAAGAAGGCAUGGCCAGCUUGUGCCAUGGAAUUUAGAAUGAUGGCAAAUUCUUACUGGGGUUUUUUUUUUGGAGAAAAGUAGAAAAAAAGAACCAGGAGCAUCAUUUUGUUAUGAUAGAUGACUCCCAGAAUGAAAAGAGAAAUCAGAUAAGAAUCAUUGUCUGUCACUGACUCUGGGCCCUGGAACAUAUUGUCAUUCUGCACUUUUGCGUUGCCUUUUCAAUCCUCUGUGAUGUGCUGAGAUGGAGGGAGGGAGACAGGCAGAGAUCACAUGAAAAACAUUUUCCAUACGUACAGGUAGGCUAAUGGAACUGUGGUGAUUCUUCAUGUCUCAGUCGCAGUAGACCUAAGAACCAAAAUGUACUACUGUCCAGAUUGAUCUGCUGGGAAUAGUCAAGUCUAUGCUUCCGAGGUGAAAACUACGUUUAUUCAUCAUAAAAAUAAGCCAAGUCCUCAAGGGGCUGUGGCCCAGAAUUCCAGAGCACAGCUAUGGCUUGGGACCUGGUAGACAUCUAUGCAGCUGCAGAGGUGAAAGGCGGAUUUUUUUUUUUGUGUGCCUAAAUGUUCUUUUUUUGUUUGUUUGUUUUACAGUAAGUGCCAUUAAUGUAAAAUAGCAAACUGGAAGCUUAGAGUUAAAACUAAAGAUACAGAGAACAUAAUGGUUUGCGAGACAAAAAGCCUGAAUAUAGGGGACUAAACCAGCAGGGAUGCAGCCAGUCUUUGCAGCACUUUGAAGACUACUCAGUACGCUGGGAAGAGAGACUGGUUUACACGAGCAAAUCAUUUGGCACAUGUGGAGUAUUCCAGAUGACUUGUACAGUUGACUGUGAGAUGCAACCAUCAGAUUUAUUUGAUUACAAAUUGGAAUUUGUGUCUGAAAGUACCUUUUCUUUUCCUCUUGGAUUUUUAUUGCAAAGAAAACGUGUAUUCUUUCAAAGAUGUUGGUUUUUUUAAAACAAUAAUAAUUUUAUGAAAUGACUGUAACCUAAUGUUCUUUUAAGUUCUGAUGAAUCUGUUAUUUUACUUUAAGUGUAUUUUAUAAGAAAGUUUUGCUAAAUGCACUGAGCUUUGAAGAAACUUCCCUGAACCCGGAUUUGAUUCGGAACAGAAGCAGUAAGCAGCAGGUAGCUUGCAGAAGCUGAUUGCUACCGUACCAGUAAACUGCAUUUCACACCACGAAGCCUUACAGGCAGGACUCCUGUCGUGUUGCACAGUACCUUGAGACGUUAGAUGCACAAGACGUGGCUAAAGGCUCAGGAGCGUGCGGUGCCAGUAGGUGAUGGGAAGGUGACGCGAACAGACUCGCUGAGGACAAGAUUUCAUUACCAUGUUGUAGAAGUACGUGCUGUGUGUAGGCAGGACGGCUUCUCCGCUGCCUUGCAACUUGUGCCAAGCCAUGUAUGCCGUCUGCAGAGCGAGUAUGACUCGGCACGGUCCGAUUUGCCUUUUUUCUGUGGCAGAAGUCCUCAAGAAGAAGGGGAAGGAGGUAGUUCCUCUGCUUGUCUCAACUUUAUAUCCUGCUCUACUGAUUGCUGAUGGAUAGAUAAUUGGAAGUUUAUAUAUGGAGGACAUAAGCAUUUGUGUUUGUGUGUCCAGGUGUCCCCCCUUUUACAGGAGGUGAAGUGAAAUAUUUAGGGUUGCACUUUUUUUUUUCCAAACUCUUCUGCCGGUUAUACAGUCGUCCUGAGAUCUGUGAGGGUGGGGGUGAUCCCUUAUGCUAUUCGAUGAAAAGGCCACAUUAAAAAGCAGUCACUUGACUCCUUUGGGCGUUGGUUUGAUAAAACACUCCCUCGGAUAUAUAUGAGAUUGCUUCUCCUAGUCCUGGAAUUUGAAAGUAGCUCAUAUGUAUCUGUACACCUUCAUUACCUUUAUCUUCCUCAUUUUCAUUUUUCUCACAGGGUGGAAGUGAAAUAUCACAGCUGUGCUUGGUUAAGUAUGCCUUUUUCAGGCUUAGAAAUUAAGCUCUUAGGAGGUUAUGAGUAGAAAUGUUUCAACUCUAUUUGCACAGGAGUUUCUUAGGCUUUAUUACUACUGUUCUCACCUGGUUUUUUUGUGCCAAAGGCUGUAAGAAGCGCACGCCAAGUUUUGUAGCAUUUUCUGAUACUCAGGUUAACUGUCUUUUUCGUUUGUUUUCUGGGUUUUUUUUUUCUAUUCUCUGCGCGUGCUUAUGAGCUACCUUCCUAGGGUUUCCUUCUGAACUGUUACACUUACCUGCCUAAAGAGCUGUUGAAACACAAUGAUAUGACAAACGGGGCAGGUGGGUGGAAACAAAACGAGACUAGACCAACAGGCAAUUGACCCGUUUUAUUAAAUACGGCUUGUCCUCACCAAAGCCACGCAGCCGCUGCUUUUCCCUGGUGGAAAACCAACUUGAGGGUUUGCUUGGCUGUUUGGUGCCAGAGGAAAGUGUUAACCACACGUGUGGGACUGGGGGAAAAAGGAGAGGUUGUUCGCUGUUGGACAUGGAGGGAAAAGGCUGUGCAUCUGUGUGUUGGCAGACUUGGUGUAGGCCUAAACAUUCAGGUAAAUUAAGAAGAGAAGGAGGUGUGUUUGGUUUUUGACUGUUUCCCCUGAGACUUCAGGCUGAGGAGUGCUACAGGUUUUCCUUGGGUGGUGGGUUGGUUUGGUUUUUUGGCAGAGGGUUGUAUUACAGUACAGGAAAGCUGAAGUGAGGUUGUACACAGAAACUGAGAGGGGAGAUAAAAACAAACUGUAAACCCAAGUUACUCUAAAACUGGCAUAACGCCUCUGGCUGCAUACGAGUUAUGGCCGAUGAUAUUUGCUUUCUAAUGGCCUUAAUCAACCUUGUUCUUUGUAUUCUAGAUACAAAACAGGUUUUUGCAUAGAUGUAACUUUUUCUUUUAUAGAGUUAAAAUUAUUUUAUCCUUUCUUGUGAAUGAAAAGAGAUUAGUAUGCUUCACUAAGUUGACUUUGCGUGGUAUAUAUUGUUUAUACACAACUAAACCCAAGUUUGGGUUUAAUUUCACCUAAGAUCCGCUAGUCAACAGAGACGAAAUGUGGUACUGUCGGGGAACGUGAUAUCGUUUUGCCUGUAUUUGGUGUGUGUGAAUGUUCAAAUGCUUGCUUGCCACGGAGUGUAUUGUGACCUUACCUGAAAUACGGGAAAGACUUUGCUGCGCUAGACAUGUACCAUACUGUCUGUGAAGACAAUAAUAGCAAGGUAAGGAUCUGAUACUUCCUUUCCGACCGAAAAUACCGAUCGAUUUUUACAGCUUGUCUUUCAGCAUGUUGAAUGACUGAACCAUAGGCCGUUUAAAAUCAGCUGUGUGAGAGAGAUUUUGUCAAAAGGUACUAAGAAGCCUGUAAUGGUUGCAGUCAUUGAAAGAAAAAUAAGAUCGCCGUGUUUCUCUGCAGACUCUCAAAUGGCCUUGAGGUGCACGCAAUUGCUUUGGCUGACCUGCGUAAUGUGGGACCCGUGAGUACCAGCUUUGGAGGAAGUAACUUUUAAUCAUUCUGGGUGUCCCAGUUAGUAAAACCAAGUACUGUGAAAAUAAGUUGAUAUAUUUGCUACUGUGAGAAUAAGAGUUUAUCUGGAGUUUUUUUAUACUAUAUCGUGUAUUUUUAUAUAUGAAAAGUAUAUAUAAAACAUACACAUGCUCGCACACAUCAUGUAUCUCUUGGAGUUGCUGUGUUUUUAGUAACACAGCAGCCACAAUCACUUUUGUGUCCCUUGAGGGAGUGAAUAUGAGUGAAAGCUGCAAAAGAAAAAAAAGUGCAAAGGGUGGCUGCUGUGUUACUUUUCUAUAGAGCUUACGUUGAAAGGAAAACCAAGGAAGUUGUGUGUAUAGCUAAAUUUGUGACUAAGGCAUCACCUAAUAUUAAAGAGCAUAAAAACUAUUUUGAAAUUGCUGGCCUUCAGCUUUUAAG